AUGGUGUCCUACGCAAUCGUCGGUGCGUCUCGGGGGAUAGGGCUCGAGUAUGUCCGCCAGCUUGCGGCUCGCCCAGACGCCGUCGUCUUCCCGGUCGUCCGGAACGCGGCGAAUUCCCGGUAUCUCCAGGAGGCCGUCGCAGGGCUUUCGAACGUGCACAUCCUCGAAGCGGAAGUGACGGACUAUCCAUCCCUUCAGGCGAGUCCACAGCGCGCGGCGAGCGCGAUCUCAGAGAAGAACGGCGGGGCAUUGGACUGCCUGAUCUACAGCGCGUGCCUGACCGAGCAAAGCGUCAUGAUCAAAGCAUUUGCAUCCUACGAUGGCAACAUGGACCUACUCGACGAUGAGUUCAUCAGCGCGUACAAGGUGAACGCGCUCGGCUUCAUCCACGCCGUGCAGGCCCUCCUCCCGCUCCUCCGCGCCUCAACCUCCGCGAGCGGCAAGCGGAUCGUCGCGCUCGGGAGCGCGGCCGCGGACCCGCACUUCAUCUGGAACACGAAGGGCGCCGGCGCGGUCGCGUACUCGAUGACCAAGGCCGCGCAGCUGCUCGCGCAGACCAAGUGGGCGCUCGAGCUCGCGGGCGACGGCUUCAUCGUGGUCUCGCUCAGCCCGGGCGUGGUGGACACCGCGGACACGUUCGAGGGAGAGGGUGAGUGGGCUGCGGGGCGCGGAAACAACGUGGACUCGGGGUACGCGGACCUGAAGACGCAGAAGCUCGACGAGGGUGUGGCGUUGCAGAUCAAGGUCAUCGACGGGCUCUCUGCGAAGGACAACGGGAAGUUCUUGGCGCACACGGGUGAGGAUUACAAGUUCUGA